UUAUUAUACUAUAUUCACUCUUUAUUCUAUAUCAACUGAAGCUAGUCUAGCUGUAUUGCAUUCUUCAUGGCACAUUCUUACCAGCAAGUUCCCACAGAUCCUCCAACUUAUGAGCAAUCAAGAGUUCAUCCCACCAAUUUAUCCCACUCCUCUGAUGACAAUAGUAACACCAAUAACAAUAACGAUGACGAUGAUAUCUUUAAUAUAUCCGAUAGUGACUCUUUGAAUAUUGAACAAUUUGAAAUUGAAGAACCUCUUGCUGAUUCGGUUUCAGUGUCUACUCAACUUCUCGAAAGAGCAAAUCAUGCAUCCCAGGUAAUUCGUUCUUCUUUUAAUUCAAAAGUAAUUAACCCUGUAUCAAGGAUAUUGGACCCAAUAGUUGGCUUAUUCAGGUAUUUAUCUGUGAAAUUUGACUUAUACUUGUCAAAAAUUGGUAAUCCAUUGAUAAUGAGAAGACUUCUUUAUAUUGCAUUUGUAUCUGCCAUCAUAUAUGUAAUUGUCACCUCAGGCUUGUAUCCAUCAAGUUAUGAUUUAUCGGAUGGAAAUUUCACUAAUAAAAAAGUAUUGUACGAACACAUACAGAAUAGUAUAAAUAUCAAUUCAAUGCAGGAAAACUUGGAGUAUUUAUCAAGUGUCCCCCAUGUUGCAGGUACCGAAGGUGAUUUGGCUUUAGCAAGGUAUAUAAAUAAUAUCUUCAAACAAGAUGGUUUAAAUCCAAUGGAAUUUAAUCAAGUUGAAGCUUUUAUAAACUAUCCGAACGAAUCAAGCUUGAAUCUAUUAUCAAGUGAUGCUAAUGACACUCUAUAUCAAGCUACCUUAAUUGAAGAUUACGAAAUCAAACAAAUAAGCGAUGAAAGGAAUACUGAUAAUAACGAUAAUUCCGGUAGUGAUAAGAAAGGAAAUGGCAAAGAAGACAAUGACCACAAAGAAAUGGUCUUUCCUGAUUUAGCUAAAAAAGCCUUCAAUUACUUAUCCACUGAUGGCCAAGUUACCGGUAAAAUACUAUAUGUUAACUAUGGUCGUGAAAUUGACUUUCAAUUAUUAAAUAAAAAUAAAAUCAAUGUGGGAACUUCAACUCAAUCUGUUUGCUUUAUGAAAUAUGGAAAAAUUCCCGUAUCUUCAAAAUUAAAAAUCUCCAGAAAUAAUGGGUGUGAUGCUAUUGUCAUAUUUGAUGACCCAAAUAACUAUAGUCACUUAUCCACUGAUGAAAUCAAUAAUCUAAACAUUAAUAAACUAAUUCACAAGCAAAUGGCAAGUAAUUCAAACUAUGCUACUGGUGAUGUUUUAACUCCUGGUUGGGCUACAACUUCAUCUUCAAUGAAACUAUCUUGGGAUCAAUCAAAUUCAAAUAUAAACAUUCCUAUCAUGCCAAUCUCCUUAACUGAUGCUCACAAAUUUUUAUCUUCGAUAAAAGGUAAUGGUCUAAAAAUUGAUCCAUCAAAAGAUGAGAUGAAAGAUUGGAAUUUAAAAUUUAAAAAUUUAGAUGAUUUUGAAACUUGGACCGGUGAUUUAAACGAAAAAAAUUUACAAGCUUUUUUCAAAUCAUACUCUGUAAAGAGAGACAAUCAUGCUCUUUGGAAUGUUGUGGGAAAAAUUUUUGGGUCUGAACAAAGUGAAAAAGCUAUCAUUAUUGGUGCCAAAAGAGAUUCUUCAUGUUUUGGUACAAUCAAUCCCAAUACUGGAACAGCUGUUUUAAUGGAAUUAGUCAAAAUUUAUACUAAAAUGACUAAAAUUCAUGGUUGGAAACCUUUAAGAACAAUUUAUUUUAUAUCAAUUGAUGGUUCAAAUUAUAAUUUUGCUGGUUUAACCGAAUGGGUAGAGGCAAGAUUGAAAGAAAUUAGAAAAGAAAUUUAUGCUUAUAUUGAUUUGAGUGAUGCCAUUGGAGGUCAAGAUUUAAAAAUAUCUUCUCAUCCUGCCUUUUCUAAUUUAAUAAUGGAAGUUCUUCAAUCAGUUGAUGAAAUUAAUCAGCCAGAUACUUCUCAAAAAAGAAAUGAAGAAAGAAAUGGUAAUGAGCCUCAUAAAAAAAUAUCCGAUUCUUUUAAAAAGGAAAACAUUUGUUCUUUAAAAGAGUAUAAAAAUUAUGUUCCGUUUUUAUCUUAUGCAGGAAUUCCAUCGAUUGAAAUUAAAUAUACCAAUAGUAAAAAUGGCAAUAUAUUUGAAAAUACUUGUAUGGAUAAUUUCAAAAAUUUCGAAGAUUUAAAAAUUGAUCCACAAAUGAUAUAUCACAGAAAGUUGGUUGAAAUUUUAUCACAUUUAAUUGUUGAAUUAGUUGAUGAUCCGUUAAUACCAAUGGAUUUGAAUCAUUAUGGUCAAAAGCUUGAAGAUUAUUUAAGAGAUCUCGACUCUUAUACUCAUAAAUUAUUUGAAGAGUAUAAAUCUAAAAGUAAUAAGCCUGAUGAUCAGUUUCCUUUAAAUUAUAAUCCUUUAAGAAAUGCAUUAACCAUGAUCAAAAAAUUUGGUAAAGAAUAUUUAAUAUGGAAAAAAACUUGGAACGAAAUUCUUUUGCAGGAAGGCAAUAUAGAGCCUUCGCUUUUGUCCAUUCAUAGAUGGAAAUGGAAUACAAAAUUAUGCAACUAUGAGAAAAAAUUAGUUGAUGAUAAUGGUUAUCCUAAUAGACCGUGGUACAAGAAUUUGUUGUUCGGGCCAUCUUCUGAUAAACCAGAAAUAUUUAAUACAGAUAUUAGUCCAGAAACAGAAUAUGAAUGGUGGACAUUUCCAACAAUAAGAGAUGCCAUUGACAAUUACAACUGGGAAUUAGCUCAAAAAGAAGUUGAAAAAAUUUCUCGAAAAUUGACUGAAGCUACCAAUGAGUUUACCAUAUAGUAAUCAGCUUUUUUUCUUUUUUGCUAUGCACUGUUUAUUUUAAUUUUUU